AUGGUGAGCAACAAGAGAAAGAGGCUGGAGGAGGUCUUUGACCCCAACAAGUCGGACUCCGAGGACGAAAACUUCGACCCGCGGGAGGCAAGGCCUGCUCGUGGCCCCAAGAAGACUCGCCAGUCGAGAGGAGCCAAGGGUGGCUCGAGACGGACGAACAAGUAUCGCGGGUCUGACAUUGAUGACGACGACGAGGACCUGUCCGACGAAGGCUCCUUUGCUGAGGACACGGAAGAAUCUGAUGACGAGGCGCCCCUGAAUGCGGCCGGGCGGCGAGCUAGAAAGGCGGCAGCCAAGCAGCAAAACUACAAGGAAAGCAGCGAAGACAGCGAUGACGCGUCCGAAGAAGAACAAACGGGCUCGAAAGCAAAAGCGGAAGACGAGGAGAAGCCCGAUGAAAUAGCCCAAGCCCCCUCAAAACCCACACGACGGGAGGGGACAAAGGUGGUCAAGCUCAGGGUUUCCAAGACUGCGUUGGCGCAGACACGCAGCACCCGAUCACACCCUGAAGAUGCUGAAGGAUUUGUCGAGCUGUCCGCUUCCGGUCGACACGCCGUUGCACCACGGGGGGAGUCGCGAAGCAAGAGCCCUGAGACACUUGCUCGCCACGGCAGGCCGUCCCGUGCCGCCAAGGGGCUCAAGAAGGCACCUGAGCCAAUCGAGGAGGAUGCCCACGAGCAAACUACUCGAGACACGGCUGAUGCCGAUGCGCCUGACGAGCUGUUGGAAGAGACGCCAACCAACGAGAUUGACGAAGUACUCGACUCCGAUAUGCCGGAUGCUGCCAAGGAUGCCGACGAGGAGCAAGCAGGGGAAGAGGCCCCGGCCGAUGAUCCUGAUGUCGCACAACAAAAUGAGGCCGCCGCCGAAGAAGAAGAUGACGACGACGUGCCCACGACGCGGAGAAGACGGAGCACUCGCGCCAACGCCGCCGCUUCUACGGACGAUGCCGUCGAGACUACCGAAGGCGUGGAAGCCGAAGAGGCGAAUAACGGCGGUACCCGCCGAUCUGGACGGCUAAGGAGAGUCACCAGAAAGACGACUAAUGAGCACAGCGACUUUGAGCCGGUUGACUCCGAUGCCGAAGCCUCGGACAACGGACGCAAUGGGAACAAGAAUGAUGCUAUUGAUAGCCCGACCCCUCGUGGGAGACAGACGCGUUCCCAGGCCCGCUCCGUCCGCAGCUCGCGGCGUCGGAAUUCCUCUGCCAGCGACGAGCCCGAAUUCGACCUGGAGGAGCUCAAUGAAGAAGCCCGCGAGUUGAGGAAGUCGUCCAGAUCUCACCGAAAGACCCGGACAGAGUCUCCCAUACAAUAUCAGGAGAGCAGCCGCCGGCCCAGGCCCAGGAUCAACUACUACAUGCCUCCGUUGACUGCCGCCAACAUUGAGGAGGAAGCGGAGGACCCCGCCCCCACUCCGGCCCGCAAUCGCCGCCGAGGCGGCGCCAGUGCCGGCUGGGACCGAAACCUGAAUACCACAUACGGCCCCUUUGGCGGCGGCGGCGCCGUUGGGUCGCUACUUGGCGGUCCAUGGGGCACCGGUGCUACUGGCGGAGUUGACUCAGACAGUAGCGACGAUGAGAUGGUGCACAGGUCCACCGCCGCAGGAAACGUGGGCAUGACGCCGACUUCUGCAGCUCCGGCCGGUGGCCUCGUCUUUGGCGGCCAGAGCCAUGGCGUGGACGGCGUCGGAGCCACGCCCAACGUCGGCAAGAUCAAGGACCGAAAAGCGCUUGCAGACGCCGACCCUCUGGGCGUGGAUCUCAACGUCGACUUUAGCAAAGUUGGUGGCUUGCAGGGCCACAUCGACCAGCUCAAGGAAAUGGUCCAGCUUCCUCUGCUGUAUCCCGAGCUCUUUACGAGAUUCCAUGUGACGCCACCCCGCGGCGUCUUGUUCCAUGGUCCCCCCGGCACCGGUAAAACGCUCCUUGCUCGGGCUCUGGCCAACUCCGUUGGCUCUGGCGGCAAGAAGAUUUCCUUUUACAUGCGCAAGGGCGCCGAUGCGCUCAGCAAGUGGGUUGGCGAGGCUGAAAAGCAGCUUCGUUUGCUGUUCGAGGAAGCAAGGAAGAACCAGCCGAGCAUCAUCUUCUUUGACGAGAUUGAUGGAUUGGCGCCGGUCAGAUCGAGCAAGCAGGAGCAGAUCCAUGCCUCCAUCGUCUCGACUCUGCUGGCCCUCAUGGACGGCAUGGACGGGCGAGGACAAGUCAUUGUCAUUGGUGCCACGAACCGGCCGGACAACAUUGAUCCUGCUCUUCGACGACCAGGGCGUUUCGACCGGGAGUUCUACUUCCCCUUGCCCGACCUCGAGGGCCGCAGGUCCAUCCUCAACAUCCACACGCAGGACUGGGGCCUGUCGGAAGAUUUCCUGCAGUCGCUGGCGGAAAACACAAAGGGCUACGGCGGUGCCGAUCUCAGGGCUCUCUGUACCGAGGCGUCUCUGAACGCCAUUCAGCGAACGUACCCGCAAAUCUACUCGUCCAAGGAGAAGCUUCUCGUCGAUCCCGCCAAGAUCUCGGUUCAUGCUUCGGACUUUAUGAUCUCCAUCAAGAAGAUGAUUCCUUCGUCGGAGCGCUCUGCGACGUCUGGAGCACGCCCGCUGCCAGCCUCCAUCGCGCCUCUUCUCCGCGACCAAUUCGAAGAGGCCAAGCAGGCGCUCGAACUGAUCCUGCCUCGGAAGAAGAAGACGACUGCACUGGAAGAGGCCAUGUAUGAGCAGUAUGAUGACAAGGAUCAUGGAUUUGGUCGUGAGACGCUGCACCAAGAAUUUGAGCGCUCUCGCGUCUUCCGGCCCCGGUUCCUCAUCACUGGUGCUCAUGGCAUGGGUCAGGGGUAUCUCUCCUCUGCCAUCCUUCAUCACUUUGAAGGAAUUCACGUGCAGAACUUUGACCUCCCCAGCCUGCUCAAUGAUGGACGGCCUAUGGAGCAAGUCAUUGUUGCCCUGUUCACGGAAGUGAGGCGUCACAAGCCGAGUGUCAUCUUCAUUCCAAACAUCGACACCUGGUACGCGGUGCUGGACAAAACGCUGGCCCUCGUUACCUUUCGCACCAUGUUAAAGUCUAUCCCACCAACAGACCCAGUGCUCCUGCUUGCCACCGCGGAUUGCGAGAAGAGGGAUCUUCCGCAAGACUUGGUUCGCGACUUUUUCGGCUACUCUAGCAAAAACCUGAUGGAGAUCCAGAGACCAGAGAGGGUCAAUCGUAUCCAUUAUUUCGGGAGGACGCUGGACUACAUCAGGUUGCCGCCUCACCAAUUCCCGGAUCUCGAAAACCGCAAGAAGAGAGUGCUCGAAGAGCUCCCCUUGGCUCCGCCAGCUCCCGUCAAGCCGCCUACCAAGGAAGAAGUCAAGGCUCUCAAGAAGAGGGACCACCAGCUCCUCAACGCGCUCAAGAUCCAGCUGCAGCCCAUCAUGGACCAGAUUAACCGCAGGUAUAAGAAGUUCAGGCAGCCUGUGAUCCCGCAAAGCCAGAUCGAGUAUCUGUUCAUGGAGGCAGACCCCAACUAUGUGCGGCCCGAUGUGGCAGAGGGGGAGAACAGGCCGUUUGAGAUUGACAAGGACAAGUACGGCAAUGACGUGCUGCUACAUAAGGAGACUGGCAAGCACUACUACAACCUGGAGACCACGACCAUUGAGGAGCGCCUGUCGAACGGGUUCUAUGCCCGGCCCAAGGACUUCCUUUUCGACAUCAAGACUCUCGCAAGGGACGCCAAGAACAUUGGCGACAAGGAGCGCACCCUCAAGGCCAACGAGCUGCUCAGCAACGUCGAGGUGGAUGUCGCGAGCAUCGAGAGCAGCACGGCCCACAUCGACUGGGAAGCGCUCUACCAGCGUCAGCAGCAGCGAGCCAAAGAAGCGGCCGAGAAGGAGCGGAAGCGAAAGGCCAUGCAGUCGGUACUGGAACGAGUCCAGUCGGACCUCGGCGGCGGCAACGACAGCGACUCGCAGGGUCCCCUUACCCUUGGGGAACCGGUGCCGGGGGCUCGGACGAUGGCCCGCUUCCAGAUUCGCAGCCCGCUGUCCAACGGACAUGGCGAGUCCGGCCACGACGAGGAGCAUCAGCUCAGCAACGGCGUUGCAGACCUGUCAAAGGAGGGCGAUGUGCAGAUGAGCGGCACUGACGACAGCACUCAGGUGGCGCUGAGCCAGAUCCAGUCAUCUCCCAUGGGCCCGCCGCCCAGGUCUUCGGAGGGGGGUUCCUCGCGGAAUCUGGCGACCGUGGUGGGGACGCAGGUCUCUCAACGAUCAGCCGUCACCACUCUGCCUCCUGGCGUGUCGCCGUCUGCCGUGAUCAACGAGGCAUCCACGACGAAGACGUCGAGUCUCUCAACCUAUCGGUCGAACAACUGGAGCUCGGAACAGCGGAGCUCACAGAACACCAAUGGACAUCACGAGCCGGAGGAGCAGCUGCCGGACACCUUGGUGGUUGGGCAAUCCUCGGGGCGACUGUCUCUGAGCGAUGACAGUUGGGUUCACACCCAAAACCCGGGACCGGCGCCCGACCUCAACUCGUCGGGUUCGAUCAUCGACAACCGAGCCUCGUUCCAAUCACAACCAGACAAGAGCUCAGCAGCCGUCAAGUCGGUGGUCAGCUCGCCCCCGCAAGGAUCGUCGAACGCCGAGGCCCGCUCGAAAUCGAACCGAAGUUCUCAGCCGUUGGAGAUUGACAAGGAGCUGGAGAAGGCGUUGAUGCUGGUGACAGACCUUACUGCGGGCUGCACAAUCGAGCAGCUUGAACAGGUCAACCGCGAGAUGAUGGACGAGAUUUGGCGAGGCCGACAUGAGUGGAACAGGGUCAAGGUUGUUCUCGACGUGUCGGGCGUGUUUAACCGGACGAUUGAGGAGAUGGUCGGUCUCCAGGGCGUGGCUCCGCUAAGCCAACUGCAGGACAGGGAUGACUAG